AUGAACAUUAUUGCACAGCUUGUGGUUUUGUCCCUACUACAUUACCCAGAAUGCUCAGCUCAAAACACCAGCGGCACGUGUUUGAGCAUGGCGGCCACCGCUAAGAAGAUAGUUGGUGUUUCUGAAGACUCCAGCAGCAGUGACGAUGAAGUGUUGAGAAGAUGUCAGGAGGCCGUUUGGGAAACACGAAGUGACACGAAGAAAGAUGGGGGCAAUGUGCAACAGUCAAAACGAAUUGUUGUCGCUGACCAUGAUCACGAUGGCAACGAGCUCCAGGUCACCCAAGGGUUUCGAACACACGUCGCCAAAAAGUUAGGAAAUCUUCUCGACAGUCGCUUUACAGAGAUGAAGACUGAAACUGAAUCUUGUGCGGAGUCAGCAAAAUGUGAUAAUGAUGAUGAUGAUGAGGGAUUUCUUCUGUUUUCUACAUCAGUCCCGGGACAGGCAGCUGUAGAAGCCCCAGCCCCUGUGAGGCGGCGGCCUAUCUCCAGCUCAAGUGACACUGACAGUGAGAUGGAAAUGAGGCUGAGGGAGGCGGCAGUGUCUAUCAAAGAUCUCUUGCCCUCUUUUUCGCUGCCCUCUACACUCUCCACCCCCUCAUCUGAGCUUCCCUGCUCAGAAAAUAUAAAGGAAAAGAAAAACGGGGUAGAGGAAAAGGAGAACCAUGUUGUUAAGAAGAAGAAGAAAAAGAGGAAACGGAAACAAGCGAAGGGUGAGCAGGUAGACACUGCAGGUUCUCCUGUUAAUGAUGAGCACGGGAACUCUGAGCAGGAACACACGCAGGUCAAAGUGAAGCGGAAAAAGAAAAAGAAGCGACACACAGAGGAAGAAGUAUGAUGUGAAUUUCUUUUGACUUAUCCUUCACUGUUUUGAGAUGUUCGUUAUCCAGUCCCUCACAAGCUUGAAAUAUAUAUCCCAAAACAUUUUGAAUAUGUUUUUGGAAGCUGUGUGUUUAAGAACAUUCAUCAUUUACACAACAGUAAAACUGUAUCUGAACAAAAAAACAUUUUUCAUUAAAAAAUCUUUUCAUACCAAUCCAUGCUUAUUCUUGAAAUAAUCUUUAUUUUACUGAAAGAAGUCUGAAAAAGCAUUUCAAAGCAGUGACAUAAAAAAAAUGCAGGCAACACGCAAUUUACAAGUUACAACUUAAUUUACAAAUUAUGAAAGUCACUAUACACUUCAAUGAAAAUACAUUUCGGUGUUGAUUUUUCUGUUGAUUGUUGUAUCAAAGGUUAAUCUUCUCUAAUGUCAAUCCUUGUUCGUAUUACAGUGGUUUCGGAGAGUCUUU